CCACGUCAGAAUCGACACGAGGAUGCUGCCGUAGUGGCGGGGCCGGAGGCUGCAGCGGUGAGUCUGGCCAGGGCUAGACACUCAGGUGGGGCGAUGGCGGCGGCUGGGCACGAGGAAGAGCAGGCUGUUAUAGCGGACUGUCGCAUUUCAAACGUGAUCAACUGGAAUAAACCUUUUAGGACCAUGACACUCUUUGCUGCCACCACUGCUGUCUACUGGUUUGUGGCCCUCAGUUCCUAUAGAGUGUACUGUCUUCUUGCCCUUUCCUUGGCUCUGAUGGGGACAGUGCUGCUUGUUAAAGAUGUGGCUCUCUCCAGAUGUGUCUCUUUCUCUAAAGGGGCCCACUUAUGGAGCAGUAUGACUGUAAGCUGGGAGAUCAUUGAUGCGGGCCAGGACAGCAGAUCUGGAGCUGGGCUACAGGUCACAGACUCCUGGACGAGCUUCAAGCUCUUUCUGCAGGAGACCUCCUCCUUCAAGCAGCAGAAUCCAGGCAAGUUUUGCUUGCUGGUCUGCAGUUUGUGCACCUUUUUGGCUGUCUUAGGACGCUACAUUCCAGGUGUUCUCAUCUUAUAUGUUUUAGUGCUGGGCGUCUUCCUGUGGCCACUGAUGACAGCGCAUGACUUUGGGUUGUGGAUGAAGCCAGUUCUGCAGAAGCUGGACUUCGGACUGGAAAGAUUCCUUCAGAAAAUCAGAGAGAAUCAUGAAAAGAGACUCCUUCUGGCACAAGCUGACCGGGAGAGUAUUGAAGCCGAUCUGUCCUCCCUUUUCCCCAAGUUGGACUCCACAGUUUGUAAGGAGAUGUCGAUAUCGGAUACAGAGGCCUCUGAUGUAACGUGGACAGACAACGGAACGUUUAACCUGUCUGAGGGACAUACGCCCCAGACUGAGAACUCAGAUGACCUAGACAGAGAAGAACUAUUCAUAGGGGGCCUCCCGGAAUUCCCCUCCUUGGACAACGGCACCAAUGGGGAGGACGAUGAUGACCUGAGCAUCGGCCUACCCACACCCCCUCCCCAACCCCAGCACAGCAGAGCCAAGGGGGGGUCCGUGCCCCCGCUCCAGGGGGACCCUUCCACCCAGGCCAUGGAGUUUGUCCACAAGAUGGCAGGCAAUGUCAUUGCAGCCGCCGCCACCGCUGUCAUUCAGGAGAGGCUGGAGGCCGCCAUCGGUAGCACCAUACCCACAGACCCCCACCCCAGGUCCCUGCUGUUCCCCAACCCCACGACACUGCUGCCCCUGGACCUGGCAGAGGAGUCGUCAUCGGACAGCGAUGUGGAGGAAUUUGAGCUGCUGGACCAGUCUGAGCUGGAGCAGCUGGAAGGGGAGCUGGGCCUUGGGGCGAGCGCAGCAGUGGCGGCCAAAGAGACCAAAAAAUCAUUGUCUUCUUCCAGUGGCUUCUUUUCAAAACUCCUGGGCCGCCAUUGAUUAGAGCAGGGGUGUCAGGAGGAUGUGGUGCAGGUCUAGUAUGGGGUUAGAGGGUAGAGGGCACAUGGAGACAGAGAGAGGCCUUGUUUGGGGGGUGGGGAGGAUAGGGGUGCAGAGACUGGGGGUUUGGCGAAACAAUAUGGUGUUGCAUUCUUUUUCCAGUUGUACUAAUAAUGAAAACUCCUGCAUUACAUGAUCGAUAUGUUCGAGAGCGAGAGUAAGGGAGUGUUCAGCAAGCAUGAUGCUAUAUGGAGAUUGGAGAUGUGGAGUUGUCAGGGGGCUGUGUUGGUGUGGUGAGAUUGUGACUUUUAUUUAACGAUUUUCACAUCAUCAAUCUGUAGUAAAGUUAUGCGUAGGAAUGGAAUGGAAUGUGGUGGUGUUUCUGAUUUGCUGCCAAAAGGACAAGAUUUGUGUUUUGUUGGUUAAUUUCUUCAACAGAUGAUCAGGUCUAUAUAAUUAUCAAACAUGCAUAAGUAAUGGAAAGGAAACACAGACUUUUUGUUUAAGUAUUAAAAUACUCAUUUUAGUAAUACAAUUGUAGGCAGAAAUUGAUGCAGAGUACAGUAUAUGAUAGUUCUCCCCAAGUUCUGCAAAGUGUCUAAGAAAUCCUGUAACUCAUAGCCUCCCCAAUCCCCCUUACAUAACUUUCCCUAGCAACAACAUUUUAAUAAAUCUAACCUCCCCUCUGACAGCAGGAACCAUCUUAUCAGCAAGUAAAAUCUCAGAAGUGGAUUUGACCAAAAUCACAAGUAUAGAGUCAUAACAAUGUGAACGAGUGUAAGCAUCUUCUGAGAAGGGACUGGUUUCAUCAGGUCUGUGGCAGCCUUGUGUUCUCAGAAAACCAGAUAGGAGGAGUCUGAACGUAGACACCUUCUGAUAGUGUCUGAAGGGCACAACACUCAAAACAGGUGUUAACACACACACACAGAGGGACCUUACAAUUUAUCAUAACAUAAUGAAACCCUAUAAAAGGUAUGAGGCCUUGGUUUAACCUUCUUUAGUUUCAAGAUUCAUACACUGGCCGAUUGGGCCCAUUCAACUCCAUCACCCAUUAAUCUACAGUACAGCUUAAUUCGACCAGACCUACGACAACGAUGACAAUCAUCUGUGCUAACAAUGGAACCAAUUGUUCAAACCCAUACUGUUUGUGCAUAUUGGUUCUUACUGAAGCACAAGUAAGGUAACAAAUCCUGUAGUUAACUGGAACAUGCAACGAUGGGAUGACAGAUAAUAGUAAAAUUAUAUUUUGUAUUUUUUUUUCUUCGUUUUUCUAAUUUUGUAUAUUGUUCAUGAAGCCAUAAUAUAGGUGAGGGAUAUUAUGCAUGGUAAUCUUUUGACCUUUAACGGAUGUUCAAUAACACUUUUCUAAAAGAGAUAUUCCUCUCAAAUCUAACAUACAACCUUAUAUUUUGAGUGGAACAUCCUUUUAAAGUUCAUUGUCUGGGAUGCUGACAUAUAACUGACACAAGAAUGUUGUAAUUUAUCUUUGAAAAUUUUGUGACACACCAUUUAUAAGUUCAUCGGGCACUGACUUUUUUUCCUGUCAAUGUUUCCUUGUCUGGUGACUUUGUCAGGACAAAGUAAUUGAACUGAAAUAGCACUUGAUUCAUUCUGCUUGUGAAUGUUUCAUCAGUUGUCACAAACUAGUGUUAUGUCAGUGUUGUGACAGAAUCCAUGUCAGUCAGGUAGCAGUAUGAUAAAGCUGUUAUAGCUCUCUACACUUCAAGCAAAGUGUUGCUCCACAUUUUAUUUGUACUUGUACCUUAUUAUUUGACAAUGCAACUAGGCACUUUGGACAUAAUCACUUAGUAGUGACAGUUUUAAACUUCAUGCAAACAGAAUGUAAGAUCUCCUUCGUUGGCCAUGAAACAUUCACCAUAACAACUUGCACGGUACAUUAUUGAGGUUGUCUGUCGAUCGCAAACAGGUCAUUUAGAAAAUUCACCCCAAAAUGUUUAGAUGGGGAUAUGCACCUGCAAGUUGCCAUUGUUACUGUGUAAUUUGUUUGAAGUUAAUGUUCGCCUUCUUGAGUAAAGUUGAAGGGCUAACUGAGCUCAAUAUGUCAUAAGGAAUUGACCAGGCCCACAAAUUGGGGAAAACAAACAUUAUUUCCUAUUGACCCCCAUUGUAAAAGAGCCAACUUCGUCAUAGAUUUUUUUGUUGUGCCGAAAAGCUGUAACCAGGUCAAAAAUCCCGACCUACGGUUCGCAAUGCUCCCAUGUAGGAAAAUAGAGCCUGGGAGAAGAGCCCUUUGGCUUCAGGCUAUUCGGCAUCGGAGAGUGGGAAAUUGUGGGGACCCGGUGUCAAAGUAGGCUACGCGUAGCUAUAUGUGUGGAAAACAUUUAAUGACAGAUAAAGACAUUUAACUUGAUUAGUAUAGUCUGUUUGUAGCUACUUGUAGCUGUAUAGUCCAUUUGCUUGCGUUUUUGGUAUUGGCUAGCUUAAUGUUUCGGUCGUAGCUAGCUAGCACUCACUCUCACGUGGCUGCUAGCACCAUAAUGAAAAGGGGCAUGAAGGAAUUCCUAUAAUAUGACCUUCUAAGUAGUGAGAAUGCUCGGGAGCAGGCAAUGUUAAAAAUGAAUCUUUAGAUGUACUUUUCUUAAAUGUAGUUUUGUAAUUGACUAAAACAAGCAGACAACAAGAGAAAGGUCAAGUUGUUGCUGUGAGCCAAUGGGGUAACCUAGGUAACCACAGUUUUUUUUGCCAACAGGCAGGCAGGGCCUGCUGCGUUCUAUCUAAUACCGACUGGGACUAUCCAAACAAAAUAAUAAAAAUUAUCAGACCAGGCUUGUGUUUCCGAUGAUUGACAAGAGUAGGAGGUACAUCCUGGGGGGGGAAAUAUAUUUCAUAUUGCGCAACACUUAAUUGAUUAUUGAAUAUGCCAAUAAUAAACCCCUGUGCUAAAAACAAGAUUGACAACGUGUAAUAACCAUUCAUUCUUGAUUCUCCAUCAUUAUAGCCUGCCUUUUUCUAAAUAUAUGCUAUGACUGUCAAGACAAAUAUAUGCAUUUUACACCACGGAAUAUGAACAUAUAGCAUAUAAUCAGGAGUUUAAACAAGCCAUUUAUUGAUUAACAAUAGCCAUGAGUUAUUAUGCAUUCUGUUCGCUAUCAUGUCAAAUCAUGGCAGUAUGUGAUUGCCUUACAGUGACAAAUCCACUGAACUGUGUCUUCUUUAAACUGCUCAAUAGUUUCUUCACAUUAGAAAGAUCAUCUUACACACUUGUGAGUUGUUAGUUAUUUGUCUGAAGUGAAGCAUAAGCAAAAUGUAGUUGUAUGUAAAUGAUCAAGAAUAUUAUUAAUAAAGUGUGAAAAUGUAA